AAGACUUGAGAGAGAGAGGUCACCACACACAAAUACUGUGUUUUAAAGAGCGAGGGAGAUCCAAGCAAGUUGGCACAUGGGUUAUUAUUGGGGGCAUGUUCUUUUCUUUGAGAAUGGUUAUUUUGGACGUAACCCAAAGUGGAUCCAGAGUAACACAGACAAGUGAGAUAUCAAACAUACGAUAGUAACACAGAGAAGGGAUUAAUCCUCUGAUUUUGAGAGCUCAAGAAAGCAAAUUUGCAUUCUCUUAAUUAUAUGAUAUUGGGUUUGAGUUAACUGGUACUAUGAGCUUGGGAAAUGAAAGCAAAAGCCGCUUACAGUAAGCAAGAUAUUUAUUUUGCAGAUCUUCUCUCAUGUGUCUUGGGUUUUCUUUUGUGAGUGUAAAUUCAAUAUUUACUGGUUCUUCAUCUAAAGUUCCAGAGCUUUUGUUGGGUCUUUUGUAAUUUGAUAUUGCUCUGAUUCAUUGAGCUUCAGCAUCCGAGCCUUAUCCCAUCUGUUUGGGGCCGGCUAUGCAUUCAGCUUCAUGUUGCUAAUCUGCACAAGAUAAGGCAAGGUUUAGGAUAAAGAAAUGGCUCGAGCUGGUGGAAUUACAAAUGCAGUUAAUGUGGGAAUAGCAGUCCAAGCAGAUUGGGAGAACAGAGAGUUUAUAUCUAACAUCUCGCUUAAUGUUCGCCGCCUCUUUGAAUUCCUAAUUAAAUUUGAGGCUACAACAAAAAGCAAAUUGGCAUCUCUCAAUGAAAAGCUGGACACAUUGGAGCGUCGUCUAGAACUGAUAGAAGCCCAAGUGAGUUCUGCAUCACAUAAUCCCCCUGCUUUUUCUUGAAAUUCUCAACAUGCAAGGAUUAAGCUCACCAUGUCAGCUAGGGGUUGGCAUCAUAUAAUAAGAAUUUGGAGAACCUUUGUAUAUUUACCUGUGGGGCUGGAGGCUGAAUGUAGAGAGAGUAGUGAGCACUUGAAUCGGAUUUCCAGCAUUAUAUCUAUCCCCACUGCUUAUGUCACACAAUAUUUGUUUUUUCUUUAUUUGAUAAUGAUUGAAUACGUUUCUGGUUAUUGGGCCUUGAUUCUGUUACUCCUAUCUGAAAGUA